AACGAAGGCUGCGAACGGGCGCGCUUGCACGCUGUACCCGGAGUCCAACGAAUUCUCGCCUUCAGAGUACUACUGGUCCCGUCUUGUUGACAAGAGCUGCGUGAUCACAUCUAACACAAGAGCUGUUAGGUGCAAGGCUCGUGGAAGCCCCGUCUCGUCAUUUCGGCCAACCGCCCGGUGCCUACAGCUGCAGCCGUACCGACUCGAGCGCCAACGAAGGAGCAUGCGGCGGGCGGCGGCCUUCCUGCUGCUGUCAGCUCUGGUUUCGACCGCUGGCGCUGCCGAGCCCAUGCGCUGCAUCGUGCAGCCCACCCACGGCUCGGUGCUGGAGACGAGCUUCCUCGUGGGCUGCACGGGAGGAGAGGAGGGCGUCCCACUGCGCGUCUACCUGCGGGACCAUGCCACUGCCGGCCCCUACCAGGGUCGCCUUGUGCACGUACUUCCGGGUCCUGGCGCGUACCGCGUAAAACUGCCCAUGGGCGACGCCGAGCAGGCUUACGCCAUGGGGCUGCACGUGCACGGCGCCGAUUCGCCACCCACGAACGUCACCGUGACGCCGCCGCACCACUGCGAACCACUCGCACAACUGGUGGCGACCCCUGGAGGCGACGUGCCCGUUGACAGUUCCGUGCACCCGACGCUCUCUCUGGUGGCGGUAGCGGCGAGCUACGCAGCCGCCUGCGGACACUCGCCGGACUCGACGUCGGCGCUGCUUCUACCGCUGCUCCAGAGGGCGAGGGUGCGCACGCCGCUGCAGCUGGAGCACGGCGCCGAAGCACUGCGCGCUCUGGGAUUCGCAAUCGCAGGGCUGUCUUCUCCCGGCGGGCAGCUGGGCGUGACCAGGCUGGCGUCCCGUUGGGCGAGCGCCCUGCGCUCGCGGAGUCUGCUGUCGGCGCCGCAGCAGCCCAGGCUCGCCUCGUCUGUGGCACUGCUGCGCGCCGUGGCCACGCUGCACGGCAACGCGGUGCGAGAUUCCUCGUCGUGCCACCACGGUCCGUCCAGGACUGUGCCCAGAGCUCUGCUGUCGACGCUGGACGAAGUGCAGCGUACCCUGGCGUCCUCGGUGCAGGACUCGCUGUCGCUGCACCUGUCCGGCUACGGGGUGUGCGUACGCGGUGCGCAACCACGCGAGCGCGUCACCACACUGGGGCUGCCCAACGGAAGCGUUGUCAACUUGGAGCCAGCCUCAGCUGCCAGAUGCCUCGUAAUGGAUGUGAGUCCGUUCCCGUGCGCGGACGACUCGCUGCUGAACACGCAGUUCGUGAUGGUCAAGCGGGCUGACGGCCACUCGGCGGAUCAGGCGUCGGUAAUGGUCGAGCUGUUCCUGCGGAAGCGGCGGCCCGACUCACCGCUGGCCACAAAUAACCGCGCGUACGCCAGUCGCGGCCUCGUCACGCUGCACAAGUUGGACGUGCCGGCAGCCGCGGCGGGAUUCGACCUGCUCGUCCAUUUGGAGCCGGAGAGGCCCAUAGAUCUGCUGCAGGUGACGUUCAGCGCUGGUCGCGAGCCCACGGAGGCCGAGCUCCUGCGCAGCCCCGGUCCCGAGUGGCGCUCCAACCGCACGCUGGUGCCGCGGGUGGCUCUGGGCGGCCGCCCGCUGUUCGUGGCCGUUCGCCUGAAGCUGGAGUGGGGUGUGGGCGCCCUGCGCCCCGCCGACCCGCGUCGCGUCCGCUACCGGCUGUGGACCGCGCUGGUGGCUUGCCGCAGCUGGCGGCGACCCGCGUGGUCGGGACGAGGCUGCGCCGCGGUUCUCGACUCGUCGCUGGAGACGCUGCACUGCCGCUGCUCGCACCUGUCGUGGUUCUCCGGCGCCCACUGGGUGGCGCCGAACGAGAUAUCCUGGCGGAAGGUGUCGCGCGGCGUCCGCGAGCGCCACCUGCUGGUCAGCAGCUGCGUGUUGGCCCUGUGGCUUCUGUACGGCGCCGUGCUGCUAUGGGCUCGCCGAGCAGACCAGCGGGACGAAGUCUACAACACGGUGACCGACCUGCAACAGAAUCUGCCCACCGACCAGCAACCCUACAUAGUCACCAUCAUCACCGGCUUCCGUCGCAACGCCGGCACCACCAGCAAGGUGUGGCUGCAACUGGUUGGCUCGGAGGGCUCGUCGCGCACCUUCCUGCUGAAGGACGAGAACGUGAAUCCGGGCACGCUGCAGCGCAAGUCCGAGGACUACUUCCUGGCCACCACCGAGCGUGCUCUGGGAGAAAUCACCGAGGUGGUGUUCACCCUCGAGGCCCGCGGCACCCGCGCUCCGUGGUUCCUGCACACUGUGGUGGUGCAGGACAUGCUCGAAGACCUGGUCUGGGUGUUCUUCGUCGAGCAGUGGCUGCAGCCGGAAGGGGGAGAUCAGGAUUCUCCCAAGAGUUUCCGCUUCCGGCCAGCCGACGGACAGCAGCAGGCAGACUUCUGGACACUCUUUCGGCGCCGUCUGCAGCGACAUUUCUUCACGGGCCACACGUGGUUUAACGUGAUCGCGCGCUACCGCAGCUCCAAGUUCACGCGCGCCCAGCGCGUCACCUGCGCGCUAUUCGUCAUCUUGUCGGCCAUGAUGUUCAACGUCAUGUACCACGACGUGGACACGAGUUCAGACGGCGAGCACCUCAGCUUCUUCGAGGUGCCCGUGCACCUCAACGACUUCCUGCUUGGGCUCCAGGUGAGCCUGGUGACGGUGCCGCUGGGCGUGUUCGUCAUCUUCGUGUUCAGCAACUGCCGCCCGCGGCCCCUGAGCGCCGCGCCCGAGCGCCGCCGGCCGCGCAUCUCGCUGUUCAGCUACCUGGACAACCUGUCGCACAACUACUCCGAGUCGCGCAGCGAGCACCGCACUCAGAUGCUGCAGGAGUAUGCGCGGCUUGUGCGCGAAGGUCGACGGGGCCUGCUGCCCUGGUGGUUCCAGCUGGUCGGCUGGGUGGUGGCGCUCGCCGGCUCCCUCGUGUGCUCGGCGGUGAUCUGCCUGUACGGCUUCUCGUACGGCGACAAGCGCUCCAAGGAGUGGCUCUUCCGGUCGCUCACGGGCCUGCUCCACAACGAGAUCAUCCUGGAGCCGCUCAAGGUGAUCCUCAUCUCGGCCUGCCUCGCCCGGCUCAUCCCGAGGCCACCGGAAGUGGACGACUACAGCCUCCGCAACACGCUCACCGAGCUGCCGGAAGACCUGAGGCCCUGAUGCGCCGCGCUCGAGGAAGCGCGGACUGCUCGAAGAACUGUGGCGCAGUUUUCUGUGCGCAUUUCCUAGAAUGGAAAUAGACAUUUCGGUUCAUUUUCAAAUUUAUAGAAUAAGUAAUAAAUGAUUAACGUACCCGUC